CGAAAUAAUAUCAACGGGUGACGUGUCAUUUCAAAUUAAAUAUUUGCUGUGAAUGUACCGGUGACAGCCGGUCGUAGAUUCCCACCACUCCUUCCAUAUAACAUCUCUGCUUCCGAAUAUUUACUUCCCGCGCCACACUUGUGAGGAAGAAAGAAAACAGAGAGCGAGAGAAGCGACUCAUUCUUCCUUAAAGUUACAUUAUUAACCAGGAUGGAAGUUGGCACGGAAGCGAGAGGCGGUGAUGAAGGUGUCAGGAGGAGAGGUUGCUCGUGCACAACGAACGAUUUUCUCCCCGAGGAGUCGUUCCAAAGCAUGGGCAACUACUUCCAGGCACUUCGUGAGACUCCAAUGCGGUUCAAGGAGAGGCUCCUCGCCAGAUCCAUGGACUCUACCGAGAUCAAUGAGGUCAAGGCGCGGAGCGAGCAUGAGAUGAAGAAGAACCUGAACUGGUGGGACCUCAUCUGGUUCUGCAUCGGUUCUGUCAUCGGCUCUGGUGUCUUUGUCCUCACCGGACUUGAGGCAAAAAAAGAUGCUGGACCUGCCGUUGUCUUGUCUUACGUAGCUUCAGGGGUCUCCGCUAUGCUCUCCGUCUUCUGUUACACCGAGUUCGCUGUAGAAAUUCCUGUUGCAGGUGGUUCAUUUGCUUACUUGAGGGUAGAGCUAGGUGACUUCAUGGCCUUCAUUGGAGCUGGCAACAUCCUCCUUGAGUACGUCAUUGGUAGUGCUGCUGUGUCUCGGUCAUGGACGUCUUAUUUCGCCACUCUCUGCAAUCACAAACCUGAUGAAUUCCGGAUCAUAGCCCAUAGCCUGCCUGAU